GAGAAAGAGAGUGAGAGUGGGCAAAUUCACGGCACCAUGACGCACAGUUCGGCGCAUAUCCUCCAAUGAUGCUCCGUUGACUCUCUGAUCCAGAGGAAAGCAGCGCGCGGCUCAAGACAGGCUUCUGCCAUGGACUUUCUCGGCUGUCUUGUCUUAUGGAUAUCGGUUCUUCUGUACGGCACCUGCGGGGUUCUGGCGCUUAUACGCAACAAUGGAAUAACAGAACCGGAGUUCAUCCGCAGGUGUGUGCAGGCGCAUAAUGCGCAUCGGCCGCGCGUCACUCCACCUGCGGCCAGCGCGCGCUCCAUGGUAAGACAGGUGUUCAAUUACAUUCAGUCUUGGGACAAAGAAUUGGCCAAAGGUGCAAGAGAUCGGGCGAAACACUGCAGGGCCUCUUAUAACCCUAUGCUGGCACAUUUCGGGCACCCGUUGUUCGGGUGGAUGGGGGAAAACAUCUGGCUGGGAGUUCCAUUCUCGGCCUUCUCGGUGGAGAAUGCCAUACAGAGAUGGAGCAAAGGAGGUGCUUACUCGCUCAAAAGCAACAACUGUUCGAGGUUGUGUGGACAGUAUGCACAGUUAAUGUGGUCUACAAGCUUCAAGGUGGGCUGUGCUGUUAACGUGUGCUCGAAAGGAAUCGAAAACUUCUCCAGCCACCCAGAAUCCACCAUUUUUGUGUGCAACUAUGGCGAUACGGGACACGUUCAUGGUGUUACUCCAUAUAUAUCAGGUGUGGCGUGUAGCGGGUGUGGAUCAGAGAUCUGUCGAGACAACAUCUGUAGAUAUGAUUGGUUCCCUGGGUGGGAUUAUGGCCCCACCUCUUCAGCCCACAGUACUUCCUAUUGGCUGACUAAUCUUGGACUGUGUCUACAAGGAGUUUGCUGGACACUCAUCUAUUAUGCAACACAUUAAUAUGAUCCUGUGAUCCUGUUUCUUAGCAUCUUAAAGGGAAAUUUCACCCAAAAAUGAAAAUUCUGUCAUUGUACUCACCCUCAAGUUGUUCCAAACCCAUAUGACUUUCUUGUUCCUUAAAAAACAAAAGGAGAUAUUAGGCAGAAUGUAAGGCACUGGAUUUGGAAAGAAAUCAAUGUGAGUAAAUCAGUAAUUCAGUUUUCAGCAAUUGAUAGUUUUUAAAUUAAAAUUGACUGAAACAAAGAUAUAAUGUGAGAAAAAAAUCUACCUAUAGCAAAUAUAUAUUUCUGUUGUGUGUAACUCUUACUUUAACUCUUAACUCAUUUAUUUUAGUGGCAUAAGCAUUAUUUAUUUAACAUAGAAAAAAGUUAAAAUUAGACAAAAUAGAAUUGUCAUCCUUCAUGUUACAAACUAUGAUAAAAGUGAUAGUUAAAUAAACUUUUAUUGAUAUUUUAUACUCUUACUAGUUGUCUUCUGUGUGAUUUUCUGAUGCUCUUUUAAGGUGUUACAACCUCUCAGAAUUAUGUGUGAAGUUGUUUGUGAGAUUAGUGUUGAGCAGAUACACAUCAUAGAAUUCAACAUACUGUAGUCACGACAUGUUCUUGAUGAUUUUACAGUCGCCAUGGAAACGGUUGUACGUAUAGCACACUGUAGGCCGUGAGUGUGAACACGUAUGAGUCAUGAGCUAUGAAUUAUAUUUUGAAGUAGUUUGUUUAUUUUUCUGAGUAAUCAGUCAACAGUCCAGUAUUUUAGUAUGAGUAAUAUCAAUAUCAGAGAAAAUGAACACGAGAAGUCUAGUUUAA